UAAUUAGAUAUGUGAAAAUAUGUACUAGUAAUGAAACGAAAAAAAAACUAAAUUAAUCAAUUCUCUGAUCUUGUCUUGUAUUUAUAUAUAACCAUUCACGUGGGCCAUUAAAUUUGCAUGAAAGCCACUCUUCUUCUCACAAAACAAAACUUCAAUCUUUUGCUCUCUCUCUCUCAACUUCAGAAAUAGUCAUAGAAGAUAGAUCUAACCCAGAGAAGACAAGACAGAAAGAAGAGAUAUAAAAUCGAUGAUUAGGGUUUAAUCAAGAAGACGACUUUAUGUUAGGGUUUAGGUUUGGGAUAUGACUCAUGCUCGAGAAUGGAGAAGCUCUUUGACUACUACACUUCUAAUGGUGAUCUUGCUUUCUUAUAUGCUCCAUCUCUUCUGUGUAUAUUCACGGGUAGGGGCAAUUCGGAUAUUUCCAGAAACUCCGGCUUCGGGUAAGAGACAAGAAGAAGAUCUAAUGAAGAAGUACUUCGGCGCCGGGAAAUUUCCACCGGUGGAUUCUUUUGUCGGUAAAGGGAUCAGUGAGAGUAAAAGAAUAGUACCAAGUUGUCCGGAUCCUUUGCAUAACUAGUAGAAGCAGUUUCUUGAUGUGUUUUUUUUUUUUGGUUUAUAUUUUUCUUCUUGUUUAUGUUAAUGAUCAACCAACUAGUGUAUUUUACCCAAAAUACCUACGUUUUUCUCGUUAAUAUAAGGGAAAAACGAGGGUAUUUUGGAGAUUUUAAUCACUGAUCUAUAACCAUUUCAUAUAUAU